CCGCGCAUUAGAGCUAUAUGUUCCUUGACGAACCUUGAGCAAAAUCCUUAAAUAUGUCUGGUAGAGGCAAAACCGGAGGGAAGGCUAGGGCUAAGGCGAAGACCAGGUCUUCUAGAGCCGGACUUCAGUUUCCCGUGGGUCGUGUUCACAGGCUGUUGCGUAAAGGCAACUAUGCUGAGCGCGUCGGCGCUGGAGCUCCCGUCUACUUGGCGGCAGUGCUUGAGUACCUCACCGCUGAGAUCCUGGAGUUGGCUGGAAACGCUGCCCGCGACAACAAGAAGACCAGAAUCAUCCCCCGCCACCUGCAGCUGGCCGUCCGCAACGACGAGGAGCUGAACAAGCUGCUCGGCGGCGUUACCAUCGCUCAGGGCGGCGUCCUGCCCAACAUCCAGGCGGUGCUGCUGCCCAAGAAGACCGAGAAACCCGCCGGAAAGGCGAAGUAAACGGACUGGUUCAAUCUACCGACAACGGCUCUUUUAAGAGCCACACACACUAUCUAAAGAACAAUCUCUUGUGUUUAAACAAAAGCUUUAUGUAAACAAUCUAUUUUUUGCAUGCUUUAAAAAUAUAUAAUAUAAAGCCGUUCUUAAUUGCUUUUACUUCAGUAAGCGAUUACAAAGGUUAUAACUUGUAUCUAUUAAACGUCAUAAUAAAAUCCAGUUUAAAUGA